AUCGAGGAAUUCAAUGGAAAACCGUCUGCUGGUGAAUGCAAUGAGUUGUUUUAUUGGUUAAUUAUUGGAGUGAUGGAGUAGUUAGUCGUUUUCGGGAAAGAUUGCAGUGCUGUGUUUUGAAGCGCUUGCGGUAUUGUAUUUGUAUGUUUAUAAACAGUUGGUGAUGAAGUAGAUGUUAAAAUGUGUUAUGUUAGAUUAUGUUUGUCAGCAAAACAAAUAAGUGAGUUGUGAGUGUUCUUGGUAGCCGAGGAUAUAACUUUUUUUCUUAAAUGUAAAAUAUCAAACUGUACUUUCCGCAUUUUUUACAUUUUAUUUUUAAUCUAUCCAAAGCUUAAUAGUAACAGAAAAUAUGUAGUUCAAGUUUCAACGUUGAAUUUCUUGCAGCAGCCUGUUAAACUUGUACUUAAAAAAACAGUGAAAUUAUACUGUAGGCCUAUGAAACGAAACGUAGAUGCUUCCAACUAUCUGCGAUCUUGGAUUUUUUUGAAGGACCUUGUAUGAUAUGUGCUUUUUCUAGCAAAAUAGUUAUGAAAAUUUAGAUUGGAAGUUAAAUAUUUGGUUGUUAAACCAGUGGUGUUAGUUUGAUAUGUGGUAAAAAAGUAGACCAUGGUGAAGACAUUCCAGGCUUAUUUACCCAACUGUCAUCGUACAUACAGUUGUAUCCACUGCAGGGCUCACCUAGCCAAUCACGAUGAGCUGAUCUCAAAGUCCUUCCAAGGGAGCCAGGGUCGAGCUUACCUCUUCAAUUCUGUUGUUAAUGUAGGUUGUGGACCUGCUGAAGAAAGGGUACUCUUGACUGGAUUGCAUGCUGUGGCAGACAUUUACUGUGAAUGCUGCAAAACUACAUUGGGCUGGAAAUAUGGCUUCAUCUUGGUUUUCAGUUUCUUGUUUCAGUUGGCCAUCUUUAGCUUUUUAGGCAGUGAACUGUGCCAUACUUCAACACAAACUUGUUAUCAAUGCCUGAUAAAACAGAAGCAGGAUGCAGAGUGAAACAACAGUUGGUUUACAGCCCAUAAAAUUUAUUUUAAGCCUAUAUUUUGAUAAAGUUCGAGUAAGAGGCCUGAUGCCUUGAGUCAUGCAGUACCCAUAUUGAUAGCAAAUAUGUUAUUGAAUCAUGCAGGACCUGCUCUUUUUAUAUUGUGUUGAUAAAAUAUGUAGGAAGUCAUGCUUUAUGCAUUGUGUAUCAUAGAAAAUAUUAUUACUCUUUGAUCAACAGUACACUGACCAUAUACAUCUCAAGUAAAAAGUAACUUAGAAAUUAUACUUAUUUUGUAUAACAUACUUACAAGAAGUACAUAAUGUCAUAAAAUCAGUGUGCAAAAUAGUAAAAUGAUUAGAAUGCAUUGAAUCAUAUCUUUCUUCUUGAGGCACAAACUGUUUGCCAAACUGCCAAUUUGCCCCUGAAGAAGAAAGGUCUGCCCCUUUCAAAAGCCAUCGAGUUAUAGGGUUUUUAUUUAUUUCUAUCAAGACUUCUUGAACCUACGUGUUUUUCUAACAUCAUGAUUGAAUCAUAUCUAUUAGGCAUAUUUGCUAGUAAUAGUAUUUUUGCCAUAAGUCCAAAUAUUAAGCUAACAAUGUGAAAUGAUCAUCAUAAAUAAUAAUCAAAAGGUUUUUUUAAGUAUUAAACUGAUAAUAUUAGUGAAACUAAAUUUAAAAAAGAGUGGAAUAUGGCAUUAAGUAUAAAACACACUAAACCAGCCAUUUUCUCCUAAGAUACACACAGCUUACUAGUUAAUGCACCACGCCUGUAUAUACUUACAAGCAUUUAUAUAGUAGUGUACAUCCAAUGGGAAGAAACUUGUCAAACAUACAUACAAGACUAAAAGUAUUAAAUGUGCAAUGUUACUGAAUCAUGUAGGAUCUAAAAUUUUUUUGUUCAUUAUGUAUUGAUAAAAAUGUUAUUGUAUUAUACAGGAUCUGCAGUUUUAUUCAUUAUAUGUUAUUGAAUCAUACGAAUUACUUACAGUUUUAUUUAUUGUCACAUACAGUUAAUAGAAACUUUCUGAUCUAUACAUAUAUUAUAUAUAUAAAAGUCUUUAAACUCCUCUAGUAAAGCAAAUGUAUUUCUAGUGUAAACUAUUAAUGUUUAUAUAUA